AUGCAGACCUUUAUUGUUUUGGCUCUUGCUGUCUCGACCACCCAGGCCUUCCUCUUCAACGGAUUGGGAUUGGGAGGACUCGGCAAUCUCUUCGGUGGUGGUGCUGGCGCUUGCGAUCCAUGCGCUGCUGCUCAUGCCGCUCAACCAGCCUACUACGGAGCCCAGCAAGCUUAUGCUCCAGCGCAACCAGCGUACUAUUCUCAGCAGGUGUACCACGCGCCAGCUCCACAAUAUCAGGCUCCAGUUCAGCAAUACCAAGCACCAGUCCAUCAAUACCAGGCUCCGGCUCCACAAUACCAGGCGCCAGUCCAGACCUACCAAUCUGCUCCAGCUCAACCAGUUUAUCAGCCAGCUGCUGCUUCUAGCGCUGCUGCUUCUAGCGGAGGAUACAUGGAGGCCCCACCACCACCACCAUCCAACACCUACGCCACCGGAGCUAGAUACAAGAAGUUCUAA